UCACACUGUUUGCAAAACGUAAACAAUAAUUGAUUUUUCCUACAAAACAAAAGUGGUUGAAAAUGUCUGGAGUUGCUGCUAAAAAGAUUGCCGAAGCGGAGGGUUUGGUGAAGGAGGCCGAGAAGAGUUUGAAGUUGUCCAUGUUGAAAUGGGUACCUGAUUACGAUAGUGCUGCGGAUGAGUAUUCCAAAGCUGCAACCGCAUAUCGAAUAGCCAAAAGCUAUGAUAAGAGCAAGGAUUGUUUUCUGAAGGCGAUUGAUUGUUAUAAGAACAACAAGUCUUGGUUCCAUGCGGCAAAGGCAUACGAGCAGAUUAUUUUGCUGUCUAAGGAUUCUGAUAAAUUACACGAAGUUGAGGAGUACGCCAACAAGUCUGCCAAUUUGUAUCAACAGCAUGGUUCUCCAGAAGCUGCUGCAUCCGCAUUGGAUAAGGCAGCCAAAUUAACCGAAUCCAAGCAUCCUGACAUGGCAUUGAGAUUCUACCAACACGCUCUAGAAGUUAUAAUGAUUGAGGAUUCCGUCCGUCAAGCAGCUGAAUAUGCAUCAAAAGUUUCCAGAAUACUGGUCAAACUCAGGAGGUACGAAGAAGCCACAAAUGCGCUCAAGAAAGAGAUAAGCUUAAAUCAGCAAACAGAAUCCUAUGGCCAAAUUGGGCGCUUGGUCGUGGCCUUGGUAAUGGUACAAUUAGCUCGCGGAGAUUCUGUGGAAGCCGAAAAGACCUUCAGGGAAUGGGGCAAUUGCUGUGAGCCAGAAGAAGUAUCCACGUUGCAAACACUUUUGCAGGCUUUUGAUGAUGAGGACCCUGAAUUAGCUGCCAGGAUGCUGGCUUCUCCAUUUAUCCGACAUAUGGACGUUGAGUAUGCAAUUCUAUCCAAAAACAUUCCAUUACCUCAGGGUAUUCAGCUGGAGAAGAAAAGCAGCGAUAAUGCUGGAGUUGAAACCAAUAACGACGAGGACGAAGGAGGUCUCUGCUAAAUACAUUACAGUUUUCGGUCUGCUUGUUAGUCAAAAUAUAUUUAUCGUUAAUAAUGACGCUUUUAAUAUAUAAAUUGUUAAAUACAAAUUUCAUCGCAAUCGUUGUACUAAUUACCUUAAGAAUUAAAUAAAACAAAGAAUACUACUA